CUCGAGUUAUCGCGAGACCACAGGGUAACCCGCGAAGGAGAAGCGCGCGGUUUUUCUGUGGCUCAGAGUUUGGUCAGAACGGUGGGCCGCCUGCCUCUGUGAGGGUAGUUGUUUCGCGGCCUUGCAGGUACCAAGAAGAGUCGACUCGGUGAGCGUGAAGCCAUGCCUGCGGAGCAGCCCGCGAGCAGCGGCGGGUCCCUAGCUGCAGAAAUGGUUGAACAACCAGAGACUGCCGUGAUUACCCCAGCUAUGCUAGAGGAGGAAGAACAGCUUGAAGCCGCAGGACUUGAAAGAGAGCGGAAGAUGCUAGAAAAGGCACGCCUGUCUUGGGACAGAGAGUCCACAGAAAUUCGGUAUCGAAGACUUCAACAUUUGCUUGAAAAGAGCAAUAUCUACUCCAAAUUUUUAUUGACUAAAAUGGAGCAGCAGCAGUUAGAGGAACAGAAGAAGAAAGAGAGAUUGGAGAGAAAAAAGGAAUCUCUAAAAGUUACAAAGGGUAAAAAUUCAGUUGAUGCAAGUGAGGAGAAUCCAGUCAUGAAAAAGAAAAGAGGAAGAGAAGAUGAAUCAUAUAAUAUUUCAGAGGUCAUGUCAAAAGAGGAAAUUUUAUCUGUGGCUAAAAAAAACAAAAAGGAGAAUGAGGAUGCAAGUUCCUCCUCUACUAAUAUAUGUGUAGAAGAGCUUCAGAAAAACAAAGAUUCAAAUACCAUAAUUAAAAAUAGAUUGGCUCAAACAGUUAGGCAAAAUACUAAAUUCUUUUUUGACCCAGUUAGGAAAUGUAAUGGACAGCCAGUACCCUUUCAACAACCAAAGCUUUUCACAGGAGGAGUGAUGCGGUGGUAUCAAGUAGAAGGCAUGGAAUGGCUGAGGAUGCUAUGGGAAAAUGGAAUUAAUGGCAUUUUGGCAGAUGAAAUGGGAUUAGGCAAGACUGUGCAAUGCAUCGCUACAAUUGCAUUGAUGAUUCAGAGAGGAGUACCUGGACCUUUUCUUGUCUGUGGCCCUUUGUCUACACUUCCUAAUUGGAUUGCUGAGUUCAAAAGAUUUACACCAGAAAUUCCCACUAUGUUGUAUCAUGGGAGCCAGCAGGAACGUCGAAAAUUGGUAAGGAGUAUUCACAAACAAAAUGGGACAUUGCAGAUUCAUCCUGUAGUGAUCACAUCAUUUGAAAUAGCCAUGAGAGACCGAAAUGCAUUACAGCAUUGCUUUUGGAAGUACUUAAUAGUGGAUGAAGGACACAGGAUUAAGAAUAUGAAGUGCCGUCUGAUCAGGGAGUUAAAACGGUUCAACGCUGAUAACAAACUUCUUUUGACUGGUACUCCCUUGCAAAACAAUUUAUCAGAACUUUGGUCAUUGCUAAACUUUUUGUUGCCAGAUGUAUUUGAUGAUUUGAAAAGCUUUGAGUCUUGGUUUGAUAUUACUAGUCUUUCCGAAACUGCUGAAGAUAUUAUAGCUAAAGAAAGAGAACAGAACGUAUUGCAUAUGCUGCACCAGAUUCUAACACCUUUCUUACUGAGAAGACUAAAAUCUGAUGUUGCUCUUGAAGUACCUCCUAAACGAGAAGUAGUUGUUUAUGCACCGCUUUCAAAGAAACAGGAAGUUUUCUAUACAGCCAUUGUGAAUCGUACAAUUGCCAACAUGUUUGGAUCCAGUGAGAAAGAAACUGUUGAGCUAAGUUCUAAUGGACGACCAAAACGGCGAACCAGAAAAUCAAUAAAUUACAGCAAAAUAGAUGAGUUUCCUAAUGAAUUGGAAAAAUUGAUUAGUCAAAUACAGCCAGAAGUAGACAGAGAAAGACCUGUUGAGGAAGUGAAUAUCCCUAUGGAAUCUGAAAUAGAUCUGAAGCUGCAGAACAUAAUGAUGCUGCUUCGAAAGUGCUGUAAUCAUGCAUAUCUGAUUGAAUACCCUAUAGACCCUGUUACACAAGAGUUUAAGAUUGAUGAAGAAUUGGUUAUGAAUUCUGGAAAAUUCUUAAUUUUGGAUCGAAUGCUGCCAGAACUAAAACGCAGAGGUCACAAGGUGUUGCUUUUUUCACAAAUGACACGGAUGUUGGACAUUUUGAUGGAUUACUGCUAUCUUAGAAACUUCAACUUUAGUAGACUUGAUGGGUCCAUGUCUUAUUCACAGAGAGAAAAAAAUAUGGAUAGCUUCAACACAAAUCCUGAUGUGUUUAUCUUCUUAGUGAGUACACGAGCUGGUGGCCUGGGUAUUAAUUUGACUGCAGCAGAUACAGUUAUCAUUUACGACAGUGAUUGGAAUCCUCAGUCUGAUCUUCAAGCCCAGGAUAGAUGUCACAGAAUUGGUCAGACAAAGCCAGUUGUUGUGUACCGGCUUGUUACUGCAAAUACUAUUGAUCAGAAAAUUGUGGAAAGAGCAGCUGCUAAAAGAAAGCUGGAAAAGUUGAUCAUCCACAAAAAUCAUUUCAAAGGUGGUCAGUCUGGAUUAAAUCAAUCUAAGAAUUUCUUAGAUCCUAAGGAAUUAAUGGAAUUACUAAAAUCUAGAGAUUAUGAAAGGGAAAUAAAAGGAUCAAGAGAAAAAGUCUUAAGUGAUAAGGACCUAGAAUUGUUGUUAGAUCGAAGUGAUCUUAUUGAUCAAAUGAAAUCCUCAGGACCUAUUAAGGAGAAGAUGGGAAUAUUCAAGAUACUAGAAAAUUCUGAAGAUUCCAAUCCUGAAUGUUUGUUUUAAAGUGGAGCUGAAAAAAACCUUAAGUUACUGUUUACAUCUGGUGUUUUACAUAUUGGUUUUCAAAUCCAGAUUGUCCACUUGACUUUUUAAGCUAAAACAGUUUACAUAAUAUAAGUAGUACCCUUGUAUACUUAAUUAAUUUCCUGAGCUGCCUUAAGAACAAAAUUCAUCCUAAGUGUAAACUUUCAGUUAAUUUUUGAGGCUAGGUAGUACUCUUGGGUAUUGUCUUAUAAUGUACUUACCCAUUGCCAGAUUUAUACAGUCUUCCUGUGGAAGUUUAGUAAAUGUCUUUUACCCCUUUUCUUUUAGCGGUGCAGUUCAAGGGGAUUUGAUACUUCAGUUAUGGAGUAGGCUUUCAAUGAGGGCUUUAUUGGAGUUAUGCUUUCUAUUGUUGAAAUAAGAAAUUAUUUGAUUAUAGUCAUUUAGAUAGUUUACCAGAUAAAAUUUCAUUAUGUGGUCAUCUCAUCAAUUGUGUGGGAAGAAAUAGUUCAGGUGAAACAAGUGCCAAUGACUUGACUGGUAUUGGAAUUCAAUGUGCUGGCUUGGUUUCAUUUACUGGUACAAUAAGCAUAUGUCAUACAAUGAUUUAUUGCAUGGACACAGGGAAGGCUUUGGAAGAAAUUGCAGAAUUCUGACAAGAAGCCAGAAAUUGGAUGUGAUGGUAUAUUGUACAAGAAUAGGACAAAAGAGGAGAAACCCUAGAAAUUAUAAUAGGAGGGGAAGAAAUACAAUCAGACGAAAGAAAUUAAGACCAAGGGAUAAGCCAAGAUUUAUAAUCAAGGAACAUAAAAACUAAAAGGAGAACAGUUUAGGCCCUGCAUGGAAGGAUAUUAGACUGUUAAGAAAAGAGACCUAGAAUGGGGAAAUGUUCUCUGAACCAUAUAUUUCAAAACAGUUAAUAGGAAUUGUUAUCUUAUACUCAUAGGCAGAUCACAUAAUAGUGUUAGGAUAAUGGAACUAAGGCUCAAAAGAAACAUUUUGAGAGAAUAUUUUAUCAAAGAAAAGGACAAUAUUGAACAGGUUUUUCAUUUUGUUUUAGUAAGUCAGACUUUAACCACAUAAGCAUGCUGACAAGUAUUUCCUGAAAUUCAUGGUCACAAAUUUAGUGACUUGCUUAAUAGUUACACAAACUUUUCAGUCUUGCUUUCUUACAUUGUCAUGAGCUUCAUCUCUUGUCUUUAUGUAUCUAAUAACUCUCUCUUUACUCCCUAUUCCACUGAGAAAAUAGGAACAGCCAGAAAAGAACUUUUAGAGGUUGUCAUCACUAUAUCUAUAAGCCUACUUAAUUGUUUAUCUUUCAUUUCUUCCAUUACAUUUUUUUUGUCCUAGUCACAGCAACUAAAAGACCUUUUCCUUUUUUUAUUUUUUACUUCAAACAUUGUCUAUAUUCCUUGUUUUUAAUUUGCCUUUUUAAUGUCUCCAGUGACCUCUGAAAUUGUUUUACCUGAUCUGUCAACAUUUUGUAUUAUUACUGACUCUCCCCCACAAAAGGAUUUUACUUUGCAGUUAGCAAACACGUUUGCUUCCAUUUCCAUCCUCUGAUUGGUUGGUUUGCUUUUCAUACGUCUGACCUCUAAACAUUGUGUCCCAAGUAGGCAUUACUUCUUCCUUAAUGAUUUUACUUCAUAACUCAAGACUACCCUAAAUCUGAGUUUAUGAUCUUCUCUAGCUCAAAUUUGUUCCUUUUAAAACUUUCUUAUUCUAGUAAAUGCCAGCUCUGUUCUUCUAGUUGUUUAUACUAAUUUGGAAUCAUGAUUUUCUCUUCAUUUUUCUCUAUGCUUCAUAUCUGAGUGUGUGUAUACUUUUUAAAUAUAUCCAGAAUUCUGCCACGUCUCACUGCCUUAAUAUGCAUUAAUAGUUUCUGCAUCUUUUAAUACAGGUAUAUAACAAUUUUUGAUUGGAUCAUUCUCCAGAUAAGAUACGGGAUGUAUUAUGAUUAUAUUUUCACUUUUUUUUUUUUUUUUUUUUUUUUUUUUUUUUUUUUUGGUGGUGUAGUGGUGAUGGUUAUGGUUUGAGAUUUUAAUUGGGAAGUGUUUUCUCAGAAUUUUGAAAAUUUUUAGACAGGAUCUUGCUAUGUAGUUGUGAACAUUUCCUUCAAGUGAUUGUUGUUAGUCCUUUUUAUUUUGUAUUCUUUAAAUGCUUUAGGAUCAUUGACUGUUCUUCAUAUUUGAGAACAAACAAGGGCUUGCAACAGGUAGGUUUCAUUGCAGUGUAUUAACUAAAUAUUUGAGAGCUUCUCCUUUACCAGCAUACAUAGUGUGCUUUGUGAGAGAGAAAUCCUCUAGUCUGUGUAUAUAUACUUUGCCAGUUUUCUUUUGGGGCAGAGAGGAACAAAUGGGUUUUGGAGAUUUCACAUUUGCAAUAUAGACAUCCCUGGUUUUAGUAAAGUUCUGCAACCUGCUACCUCAGCUUUUUAUCUGAAUUCCCAAAGCCCCAGCACAUACUAGUCACCUUUUUCAGGAAAUAGAUUCCUUUCAGUUUUCUUCCAGUAUGAGGGAGUAGUAAUCAUUUUACAAGGAGGUGGAGCUUGGGGUUUAACUGCUUCUUUAAACCAGUUGUACUAGAGUGUUUUUCUUGACAGCUUGUAUCUAGAACUGAGACUUUUAGUUCUUCAAUAUAGUAAAACAGUUGCCACUCAUACAUUUAUUUUCCACUUUCUAAAAUCUUUUGUUAACAUUUCUCCUAUUACCUUAUCUUGGAUGUUUAAUGCUUCUUUUGUCUUUAUACUGGCAGUUUCCAGACCUUUAUCAAGGGGCAGUGGGGAGCACAUGUUCUCCCUCCAUCAUGUUGAAACAAAUGCUCCAUGUUUUACUUACAUAAUAAAUUAUUCUCAAAACUGAGCCUUGUCUUUUGUAACAUGGUUACACAAUGAAAAGAACUUUUUUCUC